GAUAAACAUUCAUCGUCAUCAUCAGCAUGCAGCGCCGUGUCAUAGGGGACGGCCGAGCACUAUUAACAAGAUUUACCGCUGGUUUACCGUCGGCAGCGAGACAGAUGACCUCCACCAGCGCCAAGGAAGACCUCAAGAUUGUUCAUGACGAGGCAAACAUGGAAUUCUACAUCAAACUUGGCAGACACAAGGCCUAUCUCCAGUACGACAUCCUGGACCCUCAGACUCAGGCCGUGGAUCUCCAGCACACGGUGGUUCCGGAGGCCUUCAGGGGGCAGGGCAUAGCCAAGGUCUUAGCCAAGGAGGUGUUUGAGCAUUUCAUUGGCCAGGAUCGAGAGAUGAAGCUAACGUGCUGGUACCUCAAGAAGUACUACAAGGACAACCCGCUGCCAGAGUACACAGCCAAGGUGAUCCCAUCCUAGCACCAGGGAGAGGAUUGGAUGCUGUACACUGUUUGAAGAGGUCCACAAUAGUAAUAAGUGUUGGUACAUCUAUAUACUGUACUGCACUUCCAUUCUAGUAGCAAAAAGGAAAGGGUUGGAUACUGUACACUGUCUUAAGAGGUGCACAAUAGUAAUAAGUGUUGGUACCUACAUAUAUAUACUGUACUGCACUUCCAUUCUAGUACCAAAAAGGAAAGGGUUGGAUACUGUACACUGUCUUAUCCACAAUACUAGUAAUAAGUGUUGGGGUAUGUACUGUAUUCCCAAAGUGCUAUCCUUGGAGGGUGUAAAUAUGUAUACUUCACCAAAUAAGUAUGCAACAAUAUUUACGGGUCUAGCUCAUAUCUCAGAACUUAAUAUCCCUAAGAAAAUUACUACCUCUUUACUAUGUACUUUCUAAUGGUCUUUUAAUUAAUGAUAUAAAGUUAGUGAAGGCUUAAGUUACUACUACAUGCCUCACUACUUCUUCAUAACUGUAGUACCUUCACAACCCAAUUACAUUAUUCUCCUAUA